CAGCCUGUGCUUUCCUGACUCGCUCCUCGCAUUCCUACAGAACCUGAUCUUGGGAGUGUGUGUGAGUGUAGAGUUUCUCCUCCUCCUGAUCUCCUCUCAUUGUUCCCGCGCGCCGCGUCAGAUUCGCGUGUCAGCCGCGCCUGUGAGCGUCGGUCCCGCGCGCCGCGCUGCGAUCAUGCCGGAGAUGGACACAGCGUCGCGCGCGUCGGAGAGCAAGCGCAGCAGGAAAACCGCGCGUCCCGUCCGGAGAGCCGUGAACGAGGAGAUGAAGAGUUUUGCUGAAAGCACCAUGAACGAGCUGUUGGGUUGGUACGGAUAUGAUCAGGUGGAGCUGCAGGAGUCAGACGCGUCCGAUGCCAGAAACCGUGUCAAACGCAAUCAUAUAUCUGUUCUUAAAGAGAACUCCGUACCAAACCCACAGGCCACAGAGAGGAAGGUGUCGUCCUCUUCCUCAGAGCUCGUGAGGAACGGAGAGAAAGACCCUCUCUCGCCAUCUUCAUCAUCAUCGUCAUCAUCAUCAUCACACUCUUCCUCCCCGCGAGUGAAGGAGCAACACAGCAUGAACGUCAUCGUGCCACUCAUCAAACCCUCAGCCGUGGAGGAUGUGCAGAGUGUGCAGAUCGUGUGUGUGUGGUGUCAGAAGGAGGGCAUGAAGCGCUACUCUCUGCUCAUGGGCUCCGAGCUCAAGAGCUUCUGCAGUGAGAAGUGUUUCGCUUCGUGUCGGCGCGCGUACUUCAAACGCAACAAGGCUCGUGAUGAGGAUCGUCAUGGCGACCAGUCUCCGCCCCCUGGGCAAACGCUGGACACGCCCACAAGACUUCUGCUGAAGAUGAACAACAACAACACGCGUGUGUGUGAUUGGUGUAAACACGUGCGUCACACUAAAGAGUACCUGGACUUCGGCUCGGGGGAGGAGCGACUGCAGUUCUGCAGCACCAAAUGUCUAAACCAGUACAAGAUGGACGUGUUCUACCGGGAAGCUCGCGCCGCGCUCACCAGUGCCAAAGACGAGGAGAACCGGCCCAAACCGGUCACCACGGAAAACCAGAAACUUCUGACCCCGGAGGCUUGGGAUUCUCCUGCCAAAACCCCCCCGACGGCAUCAUCAUCAUCAUCAUCUCAUCUGCGAACACACGUCUCGAAGAUUCAAUCGCCGCCUCGUUUUACACUCGAGAAGCCACGCCCACCUCACAUGCCCCCCUUUGUGCGCCCUCCCCUUCACGCACAGGCCUUGCGAAGCCCCGCCCCUCAUCCUGUUAGCCCCUCCCACAGGGCGUCGUUUGCUCCGCCUCCUUUCCUGCACCCACACACACCUUUCCACCCGCCAUUCCCUCCUCAAAUGCCUUCGCCGUGGCCACAGCCCAUGAUGUUGAUGCCAUAUCCCGUUUUUGUGCCAAUCCCCAUUCCCAUUCCCAUUCCCAUCCCGAUUCCCCAUCAGACGCCCCACAUAGGAGUGAUUCGAAGCCUUCAGGACACGGAGUUUAGUAAGCGCACACCUGAUCCGUGUCCCUCAGAGGAGAUUAGUGAAAACAGAGUGAAGAUUGAACAGUGUGCGUCCCCUUUUCCCUCGACCUCGGAGCGGCAAGUGAUCCGGUGUCUCCGGAGAGUCCCGGUGAAAGAGGAAGAUCACGACACUCACAUUCAAACCAAAGCACUUUACACGCCCGUGGUGACAUCGACUGCUUCCGCCUCAUUGGACGGCAGAGUCGUCACUCCCGCCUCUUUGUACUCGUUGGCUCGUUCGACCGCCAUACAGGCUGCCUCGCUCUCAUUGGACGGCAGUAGCUCCGCCCAGAUUUCCUCUCCUCUCUCGGAUUGUGAAGAUGUGAAGGAGAACAGCUGCCUGGGUGGGCGGGGCAACGGCUCGGCCAAUCAGCAGCAAGCAGACUGCCGGAGUGACCAAUCGAAAGAGAGCGUUGGGGACGAGGAAGCGAAUCAGUGUGUAGAGCACACGUACGCGCGGGCUGUGUGUGAGAAAAACACUCAAACACACACCUGCGAGAAGAACACACACACAGACGCACAAACACAUUUAAACACUCAAACACACACGUGUAAGAGCAACGCACACACAGACGCUCAAACACAUUUACACACUCUCACGCACACCUACAAGGAGAACACACACACAGACGCACCGGGAUCUGAGGAGAGCGAUCCAGAGCCGCCCGUCAAGAGACGAUGCUUGAGAAUCAGAGAGCAGAACAAGUGAGGGAGUGUGUGUGCCGUGGGGAAAUGAUGGAGACGAGUGGUGUGUGUGAUUUCACAUUCACUCUCUGAACGACACCGCAGUGCCAGUAAAGCCCGAACCAGACGCCCGGCGCAGAGGAUCAUGGAUGUCACAGAUCAACCGUGUGUGUGUGUGUGUGUGUGUGUGUGAAAGUCUGUGUGUGUUUUCCUGCUGAGCUCAUAUAAAGCCAGGCAUUGUUCCGUACUGCCAACCCAUAUGUGUGCGUGUGUGUGUGUUCAGCUGUGGUUUAGGAUUACCUGACAUACUGGCGCUUUUGGCUACAGGCAUUUUUAGACUUCGCCUAAAGAGUGCCAACUGCGCGUGCACACACACACACAUCGGUAUAGUCAGCUCCUAGACGUUUAGUAAACCGUGUUUGCAGUAAUGAAAUAUGCAGGAAUAUCUGAGAAAUUCUUGCUUUUUAACCCUUGAUGGUUUAUUGAGUGCCUGUUAUGAGUUAUUGGCCAAAGUGAUGAAUGAUGUUUGACGCCGUUGCCAACAAACACUGAUCUUAACAACUUAAAGAUGGCCUAUUAUGGGUCGUGAUGAUGUCGUUUCUCUACUAGAACAGGUUUUCCUGCUUGAAUGUUGAUUAUUCUCCUCAUAUUCUCCAUUGUUGCGGCUCCUCUCUUCC